AUAAAGUGAGGAGGCAGUGUUUGGGUUUGGGGGCUGGGCUGCCUAUGUAAUCUGCUAGUCUCUGCCUACUUUCUCGCAUCAGCACCACCAAGCUUUGAUUGCGUUUUAGCCCGGUCUGCCUGCAUCUGCGUUCCUUGCCUCGCGUCUUAGAUAAUAGCCUACAAAACAGCAAACGAAGAAACGAAAAAGGAUUUAUAGACGUGUGUUCAUCCAUCUGCUUGACAAGUGUACUAUUUUCUAUUAGUAAAGAUGGUUAAACUGGGGAGCAAUCUAGAAGACAAAGGCGCUAAACCGGUCAGUGUGGAGGAUGGCUUCCAAAACGUGCCGCUCAUCACCCCUCUGGACGUCGGUAACCUCCAGUAUGGAGCCCCAGACAAGGUGGUGGUGAAGACACGGACUGAGUACCAGACGGACCAGAAGAAAUCCAAGAUGAAGGUGCCCAAGGUGGAGGAGUUUACCAUCAGCUUCACUGAUGGAGUGUCAGAGAGACUCAAGGUCACGAUUCUGAUAGUCCUGGCCUUGGCCUUUUUGGCCUGCAUAGUGUUCCUGGUGGUGUACAAGGCCUUCACGUACGAACACAGCUGCCCAGACGGAUUCAUAUACAAGCAUAAGCGAUGCAUCCCUGCCUCUCUGGAGGCCUACUACACAGCUCAGGAUGCCAACUCCCGAGGGCGCUUCUAUACGGUGAUCAGCCACUACAGCAUGGCCAAGCAGACCACCUCCCGCUCCGUCUCUCCCUGGCUCCCUGCAGGCGCUGCCCCGCACGACGCCAAGCCGCCCAACACAGACGGGCACUGAGUAUGCCUGCCCAACCCUCCCACCAACCCCACCUCUUCUGCCCGUCUCCUUGACAAGCUUUUAACAGGGAGUGUCUGUCGUUCUCCAGUGUCUCGCUAGGCUCAGAGUACUGUCACGCCCACCUGCCCGCCCCAGCCCAUCAACCCAGCACCACAAUCUCUGCCUCUCCUCCCUUCUGUCUGUUUUCUUUCUUUAUUUAUUCACUAUUUAUCAUCACUAAUUUUUUUUAAAACUUGUUAUUGGUAUUUUGUAUUUGAUAUCAAACAACUGUUUGUACAAAGUCUCGAGUCAAAGUUGAAAUCCAUUCAGAGUAUAUGCUUUUCUGAGCUGCUACUAACUGAGUGAGUCAAAAGUCAUUUUUCAGAUGUGUCCAUUUGAUGUGUCCAUCUGCUGUGUCCAUCUGCUGUGUCCAUCUGAUGUGUCCAUCUGCUGUGUCCAUCUGCUGUGUCCAUCUGCUGUGUCCAUCUGAUGUGUCCAUCUGCUGCGUCCAUCUGCUGUGUCCAUCUGCUGUGUCCAUUUGCUGCGUCCAUCUGCUGCGUCCAUCUGCUGUGUCCAUCUGCUGUGUCCAUCUGCUGCGUCCAUCUGCUGUGUCCAUCUGCUGUGUCCAUCUGCUCGGCCCCUUGUAGUGUCAUGACUCUGUGUAAUCAAAGUCAUGUUAUGAUAAACUCUGGCAUAUCCAUUGCAUUUUGGUUCAUACUCAUACUGUAAUACAUUCUCAUAGAAAGGGUUUUCCCAAAUUAGUACCUAUUUGUACGUCUAUGGAAGUUCAACUUCAACACCAAUAUACAGUAGAUGUCCUGAAUUAUCUGAUCAAAGCUAGCUAAGUAUUCUCUAUCAUGACGGUUUGAUAUCGGAACACUCUUUAAUGUACUGUCCUGUAUGUCCUACUUCCCUUCUUGAGCCAAGCUCUAUAAAGCCCAGUGCAUUCAUGCUAGUUCAUGUGUGUGCAUGGUUGUAGCUAGGUUUCAUGACAGUUUAACUAUUUUUCGUGGGAAAAGAGCGACCUUUAUUGCCAGUUACAUUUCGCGUUAGCAGACAGUCCAGCCACUGUACACAACAUGAAUAUGUGGAUCUAUUGCUAAGGAUAAAUACACAAGACGUGGUGAUGAUGGGAAACAUGGUGUACAUCGCUGUCUUUGCCAAAACUCUGGUUCCUGUAAUGUUUAGAACCAUUUGUAGAUGAGCUUCUCUGCAGAGGUUUGUUCUGUUACCAUUUGUUUUGUUUUUUUAAAUCUUGUCAACAAAAAAAAAACGCUUUUUGAACUAUUGUGAUGUUUGGUAGUUGAUAUGUAGCAAAGUCUGGAGUAGUUUCUCACUGUACAUCCCAUAGGUUUGAAAUGAAAAUAAAGCAAGUUGUGACCUGA